CCUCCUUUGGGUCCUUAGCACACGGAUUUGUUUACUACCACGUCACCAGGAAAUACAUCCCGAAGAAUCAACAUGCUACGACAGGACUCCCAAGAUGCUCCCCUUUUUGGUGACGAUGACGGUAACAUGUCGAUGAGAAAGUCCAACAUAAGACAUCCCGUGGUUUCUUUCUUUCAUCUCUUCUUCCGAACAAGUGCCAUCUUGGUUUACUUACUGUGUGACAUGUUCAGCAGUCGGUUCAUUGCCUGUAUGGUCACCAUCAUUCUCCUGCUGUCAUGUGACUUCUGGACUGUCAAGAAUGUAUCUGGCAGAUUGUUGGUGGGCCUUCGGUGGUGGAAUCAAGUGGAUGAAGAUGGAAAGAGCCACUGGGUGUUUGAGUCAAGGAAGACACAAAGUCUGAACACAACGACCGGUGCUGAGUCACGGAUCUUCUGGCUCGGACUCAUCGUGUGCCCUAUCUUUUGGAUCUUUUUUGUCUUCAGCACCAUUUUCUCUCUCAAAAUUAAAUGGCUGGCUGUAGUAAUCAUGGGCUUGGUAUUACAAGGGGCCAACUUGUAUGGCUAUGUCAGAUGCAAGGUGGGCGGAAAAUCCAACCUGAAAAACAUGGCAAAGAACUAUCUCACUGUUGAGAUUUUUAAACAGGCAAUGAAGAAAACAGAUGGACCUUGAAGUUGAACAGAAUGAGUGACAACCUGUCUGCAAAGUGAUGAAGACAUUACGCAUAAAUACUUGAUUCCUGUUGGUCUUUUUUGAGGGUAUUUUAUCAUUUCUCUUAAAGUUUUGAUACAGCUGAUUUUGUAUUUCCUCCAAGUGCAUUGAUUAAUUCAGGAAUAGUUGCCAAACCUUUUCUAAAAAAGUUAAAUUAAAGAAAUCCAAUAGUUGCUUUUGAGAAUACAUUCAUACAGUAGUUCAGAGCUCAUGAGUGUUAUAUCUUUUAUUGAUAGGAUUUGGAACGAAGCAAUACUUACAAUUCAAGGCAUUUGUGUUAUUUAAACCUGGAUUGUGGAUCUUAAAGUUCUUUAACUGCUCUAUGUUGUUUCAUCAAGCUUCCUUUCGUGUAAGGCUGUUAUAUUGUGGUGGAUGGUGGGGAGAAGUUUAUUAAGUUUGAAAUGUUAUGGUUUGAUUUUAUGCAAACUUUUUCUGGGAAACUGUUGUACUUUACAAAACAUCACUAAAUAAAUAUGAUAUACUAAAAUUA